AUGUUCUUAUUUUCGGGUUUCGUCUUUGAAUGUUUUCUGUUUUCUUUGUUUCUCCUUCCUUUCCCUCUUUCUUUCUUUCUUUCUUUCUUUAUUUAUUUACUUCCUUCCUCCCUCUCUUUCUUUCUGCUAUGCCUCCCUCCCUUUCUUAAUUCCUUCUUUUCAUCCUUUCUUUCUGCUAUUUCUUUCUUCCUUCCUACCAUCGUUUCUUUCUUUCUUUCUUUCUUUCUUUCUUUUAUUCCUUUCUUUCUCUCUUUAUUUCCUUCCUUCCUUCCUCUUUCUUUCUGCUAUUCCUUUCUUUCUUUCUUUCUUUCUUUCUUUUUUCUUUCUUUCUUUCUUUCUUUACUUCCUCCCUCUCUUUCUUUCUGCUAUUCCUUCCUUCCUUCCUUGCUUCCUUCCUUUCUUUUACCUAAAUCUUUUCUCUUUGUCCUCUAUUUCUUCUUAAUUCUACAUAUUUCUUCUUUCUUUCUUUCUUUCUUUCUUUCUUUCACCUAUUUUGACGUCAGUUUACAUCUAACAGUCAUAUACAAAGAUAUCACAGAUUCUCCAUUUCUAUCUAUCUAUCUAUCUAUCUAUCUAUCUAUCUAUCUAUCUAUGCCUAUUCAUAUCUAUGACUAUUCAUAUCUAUGA